UCUCUGUCACACACACACACACUAACACUAACACACACAUUCACAUGCACUGUAGUCUAACAGGAAAGCGAAGAGGUUGAGCCGCCGAUGAAGGCAUGCGUUCGCGGCUCAGUGAGAGAGGAAAGUGACGCCGGCGAUGUUGGCGUGAGCGCGAAGAUGUGUUUUAAUGGGAGUUGGAGGUAGAAAAGGUGGAAUCACCUCAGCGGUAUGUGUGUGUGAGAGUGUGUGUGAGUGAGGGAGAGAGAGAGAAAGAGAGAGAGAGCGAGGGAAGGAAGGGGGAGGGGGUGUGUGGACCUCACUGGCUCCGGGACCCACAGGCACCCCCCGAUUGUUGCUCCGCUCUCAUCAUUUUUUUUUUUUUUUUGGAGGUGAGGACAAAAGAAAAAGAAAGGGGGGCUGUCGGAAUAAAAAGGCCCCGGGAUCUGAGUGUCGUGACGCCCCCCCACCAACACCAACACCGCCGCCGCCUCAUCCUGGGCUUGGCUGCCGCCGCUGCUGCUCGGGGUUGUCUGGACUCGGCGGCGGAGCGGCGGACUCGAGGACUGGGCUUCCACAGCCACAGCCACAGCGGCGGGAUUGUCACAAAACAGCCUUUCACUCCGAGGGGCCUUGUACUGCUGCGUUUUCAGAGUCGGAAGACGUCUGGUCAGCAAAUCCUGGACAAACAAAAACUCAUCUGAAUGGAAAUAACUGAAGAGAGACUGCAACAAAAGUGGACCUUAAAGUGACUGAAUUGAAGCUGAAUGAAUGGAUUACUCUGCUUCGGGAACAAAACAAAAAAAUGGUUGCCAUGGAACUAGGUGAAAUUAAAUUAUUGUUUUCAGAGGAAAAACAAAGGUGAGAUUGCCGUGUGCUGAAAAUAAAAUACAGGAGAGCACCGAAAGGAAUGUGAAUGCAGACCUGAGGGAAGAGCGAUUGCUUUAGUAGGGACCAAAAGACCUCUGCAGUUCAAAUGAUUGCAUCUGGUAGCUGCGAAGAAGAAGAAAAAAGAAAACGGCAUUUGAAAGGGAAUGACCAAGACAGAGGAUAACUCCGAGGGCGCUACAGUCUGCAUCCACAAUUUAAUGAAAAUAUCAAUGGAGUGUUUGCCUCUGGGAUUGUUCCGCGCAGGUCCAGACCUGAUUGUGUUGCUGCAGUUUUCGCCUCACACAGGUGUGAGUCGGGUCGGACACCAACUGGAGGACUUCUCCUGUGAUGGAACACAGACUCAAGGAUUUUGAGGAUCUUUCUUUUUUAUUUGUACGAGAUGCUUCUGGAUCCUCAUCCUAUUUAAUCCUGAUCUAGCUCCGCCUACUUUAGCGCGUAGACGUAAAGACGUUUGAGGUGGAACUUCUCAAAUGCUGGAGGUUCAUCCACCUCGGUCCACGAGAACCUAACACUGCUCUGUGCCAAACGUUAGCUUUGUGGAAGUGACUGUGCACUUUUCAUCUUCUACAUUUCCACCGUAGGAAAUCUGCUGCCUACUUUUUUUCUUUUUUCUUCUUUUUUUGUUGGAGAAAACCAAAUUUUAUAAAACCCAGCGCUAGGAAAAAAAAAACAUUUUUAAGUGAAAACAGCCAUCCUACUAAAGAAAGGAUUUUUAACUUUCAGCCGUUUUGUAUAGACGAAAAUCAUUAUCUGUUCCAUCUUUCAAGAACUUUUUGCCAUAAAAAAAAUGAUUGCAGCAUUUGUGAUAUCUGCCGCAGCUCUUUCAAAAGCAUUCUCCCGUUUUACUGCCAGGCCAUAGACUCUCUUUUGUGUCACUUAUGGUUCCUGCCAUAAAACUACUACAAGUAUCUGAUCAAAAACAUUUGCCGAUCGAGACACUGACAGAUAUUUUCUGUUGUUAAUUCAAACUUUGUUACGAGGAAAAUAAUGCAGAAUUUUUCUAACAGUCCCGCUCCGACGCCUCUGCCCCACGGCUUCAGUGGGAGGGGCGCUGGAGGGAGUACUCCUUACCCCCAUCAGCCUGCCGACCCUCAGAUCUCCCCAAGGAUGACGGAAGAUUACGCAGGGAUGCAACAACAGAGUCUGCACAGGAGCCACCACCACCCCACUCAGGCGAGCCACAUGCUCGCGUACAGCGCGAGAAACAGAGUAGCUGUAGAGCCAUCGCCGACACAGGGUAACAUUCACAGUGGCAAUAGUACAAACCCGUAUAGGAAGGACGCUAUGGACUAUUAUUUUUCAAUGGGCGGGAAGGACAGGCAGAGAAGGGGGGGUGUGGGCUACGCGGCUGGAUUUGGAUACCCGAGCAUCGAUGGACAAAUACCUCACCAUUAUCGGCAUGGUGCGUCCGGUGCUGCUCCAUCGUCCGGACUGAUGUCUCCGUACGCGGUGGACUACGGCUCCAGUGGUGCCUCUGGUGCAGCGGCAGGGCCCGGGGCCUUCUCUCCAACCCACCAGUACAACAUAAGUCAGAACGCAGCGAUGCAGUCGGUGCCGGCCUCUCAGAUGCAGCACCGUCAGCACGGGCAAAACUUUGCACCUGUCCACCACGGACAACAGCAUAGGAGCUACCCUCACUCUGGGCACCGUAUGACCCCACAGUACCCCCACUACUCCCCACAGAGUGGAGCAUCCACAGGCUCAUCUGGAAUGUACAGCCCCCCGCCGCAGAGGUACCUUGACGGGGCGGCAAACGCCGGGUUUGAUCCCAAGGUCAACAGCUCUCCCAGUGUCAACUCUGGUUCAAACUCUGUCUCCAGUUCACUAGCUGCUAACAACGUGGGGCCAAUGGAGAACGUUCAGCAGAGCUACCACGCAGCCAACUACCCCGGUUACCCUCCGCAGGCCCACUCUCUCCACAAGCAGGCCACGAUUCAGCACCGCAACUCGCAGCACAACUUAGGCGUAGGUUACGACACGUCUGUCAAACACCAGGGCCCGUCUCCCGGCUCCGUGUACUCCAAACAUCACCAAGCCUCUAAUCCAAGCAUACCUCAAGCAGCUUCUCAAGAAAUAGCCAAAUCCCCGAUGCACCCUAACGCGCAGCAAACUCAAAUCAACCAAAACUUUAGCCCGAUAUCGAACCCGUCUCCGGCUGCCUCAGCGGUUCACUCCCCCAGUUGUAGCUCCUCUCCUUCCCCUUUGAUGGGUGUCCCGGAGACACACGGAAACCCCCUGGGUCACGGUCCUUCACAUGCCCCGUCAAACCCCCGUAGCAGCCAUAGUCAUGGCAGAUUACUGCAGUCCAUGCCUCAGUUAAGUCCCACACCCAACUCCAACAGCAGCAUCAGUAGUUGUGGAAGCAGCGGCAGCCAUAAAACCCACGGCAUGGGUUCAGCCGCCGGGAGCGGCCACCCUCCAACAGGCCGGAACAAAAUGGUUUUAGGAGCAGGAAUCGGAGCCAGAGAUGAAGGACAUACGACGUAUUCAUCUUCUCCUCUCGAUAAAAUGCAAGAUCCAGGCCUGAAUAGUCUAAAUGCUCUGAGCUCGCAAGUAGCAAAUUUACCAAACACAAUUCAGCACAUGCUCCUCACCGACACGGUGCUCACGCAGAAGAAGAAAGACGGCACGCUGAUGCAGCAGGCGGCAGGCGUGCCAACUUCACAGCCCAGAAGUCGAAAUGCCAGCGCGGCGUCCAGCACCAGCACGGUCAAAGACGGAAGCGCAGGAGGGAGUGCGGACGGUGCCAGCAUAGACGCCAGCGUGGAUGAAGACUCCUCGCUGAUGUCAGUCGGAGGCUCGUUAGGUGCCAAGGUGGAGCGCGAGGAGCAGCUCUCCGAGGGAGAACACGGCAGAGUGAGGCAGAUGAGUGGAGCGAGCAGCGGAUCUGAACCCGCAAACUAUCAUCGGAGUCACAUCCAGGAACCCGCUGGACCGGCAGCCAACGUUAAAUCUCUCAUCAGCCCAGAUGCACUUUCAAAAGACCCUAAUGUUUCUGAAGCGAAAGAAAACGAAGCGCACGAAGCGUCUUCUGCGUCGUCUCCCCCUGCUGGACGGCAGCCAUCUGAGACUGGUCCAGUUUCACAUCGAACGUCCUCGUCCUCGUCCAGAAGCAUUCCUCCACCUCCCCAGCCAAACUGUGUCGUACAGUCUGACUUAACCUACAGUGACAACAGAGGUGGGCACAGUAAGACUGCAGCUGUUAAAAAUGAAGUCAUCAAAAAAGAAAGUGAAGGUCAAGCUGAGAAAACAGAGAAAGACAGAAGCCAGAUGCUGAGAGAUUGUGAAGUCAGCACACAGAACGGUCAGGAAAAAGAAAAUAAGUCACACAUUGCAUCUCGAUUACACAACAUCGAGAGGGAAGAAAAGCACACGUCUGACGAGCAGCAAAGUGCCAGUGGUGUCGGUGUGAUUGUUUCAGCCAGAUCUGAGGGGAGCCGCGCCGAGAAAGGCAAACAGCUCCAGGACAACAGCGCCGAAGAGAAACCCUUGUAUUUGAGAGAGUCCAGCAGCCACAACGGAGACGAAGGAGUGGAUCUGAGUCUGUAUUCCUCCCAACACCAGAAAUCAAAUUUUGGCCGUCCUCAAAACCCUCCGCAGUCUGGACCACAUAAAUAUGGCUACCCAGAGUCGACAUAUGGCUCAGAUUUUUCAAUAAAGAAAAGAGGGAGGGCUGGUGAUGGGAGUGUGAUGGAAUCAAAUUCCAGAUACUUUGGGUACCAACAGUCACAGACUGGCUACGGCCCCGUUCAUCCGAAAGACGGCGUUUCUUUAGCAGAGCCGUUGGUGAAGCGAGGCCAAGGACCUGGGACUAAAGUUCUGGAGGACGGCUCUCAGUUGCAGCAGUUUCCCAGCUUGUUACAGGAGGUUCUCCAGGGUUACAAUUUAGACCGACGCUACGGCCGAGCCGAGCAGACGUUCCCUGCGCAUCUUUUAGCUCAACAACAGUUUCAGACCAGACACCCGUACGGACUCAACGACAACAUGAGAAUGCAAAGUGGAGUUUCCGACACUUUGGCUCAUUCAGGCCAAAUAGACGGUAAACCCGUGCACUCAAACCUGCGUCACGGGAGUGAGCCCGAUUUCACCUCUGAGCCUCAACCGCUGGUGAAGUCAGAAGUGUCAAAUGCAAGUAUUUUGCAAAAUGCAGACAGACCUGAACUGGGUGUGUCUCAGAGCGAUUUACCACAGGCUGCAGAAGCUCAGCAGCCCCCACCCAAACAUAUAAACUUAGCCGACUACUCUUUACCACAAAGAAAAGUGUUGUCUAAUUUGUCCACUUCGUCCUCUGCCGUUCAGGAGCUUCUUAUGCAAGAGCCAGAACCACUAACUGGCAGCGGUGGUCAAAACGAGUCUCUAAAGUCCUCCUCCUCCUCCUCCGUCUCCUCCGUACUGGUCCCUUCUGAGCGCUGCUCCGUCAUCUGUGAUGUUUCCCCGAACCGACGCAGCACGCCCGAAAGGGACAGGGAAAGCGAACGGGAGAAAGAGAGAGAGAAAAGUCAGCCUGGCCCUUCUGUCAUCCAGCAGCCAUUUUCCAGCCAGGCAGCAGCCAGCGACUUAAGUAAGAAAGACAUCGUCGAGAAACAGGUGGUGAAAAUGGAAAUGGUGUCGAAGGAGUCGGGUCCAGAGGCUUUGAAUUUACAGACAGAUCACCACGGCGGCGGGGGACUCCACGAGCCUGACAUGGAGUAUCAUCAAAAGUCAUCUGUUGUAAUGAACGCUGACCCCUACAGGAGAGGAAACGUAGACAUUUCCUCCUUGUCGUCUCACCCCAUGAGCGCUAAUCCUUUAUCGUCGCCCUCGAGGCAUCAGUCCUACCUCCACGGUGUUGAUUUAUCAGCUGGCAGCGGCAGCGGUUUUCCCGGAUAUCGAUACGGAGAUACGAGAGACGGGAACAUGAUUCCACGCAGCGGCCCGCAUUUCCCCCCCCACCACCCCUACCACAACCUGUCUCACCCGAGUCAGUCCACCAAUAAGCUUCAGAUGUAUCCCCACGCUCGAGGUCUGCCGCAUCACCCGCACGAGAUAAGUGAGUGGGUGAAGGCGAUGAACAGGCCGACCAAGGACGUGAUGAUGCAGCCGGGCUCCUCUCCAGGAAGACACAAGGUCAGCCAAUCAGAGCCAAGACAGAGGAUGAUCCCCCAGACUGACAUGUCCGACGAGCAGCACCCGAGCAAAAUGUCAAUGCAUCAUCAGAGUCCUUACUACAAUUUGAAAAUGUGGGAGUCGACGCACGCGGGUCGGGAAGUCCCCAGAAUGUUGGAAGGAGACUCCUAUUUCAGAACAAAGCCCCCGCCGCCUCCCCCUCCUCCCCCUCUUCCUGCUCCUCCCCCUGUGGCGUCCCAGGGCCCCGCUCUGCCGCUAAUGAGUCACGGUCAAACGGCUGCUGCUGAAACUAAAAUCACCCAAGAUGUCAAACCCCCCUGCCCUCUUCCUCCUCCUCCUCUUCCUCCUCCUCCUCCUCCCAGUUCCACCAAGCCUCCCGAGGACACUAACUCCACUGCACCACAGGUACGUCAGACCAAAGCCGGGGGUUCUGCAGACACUAACCCGCUAAUGCUGAGGAGGAGGGUUCGAUCUUUUAUCUCUCCCAUUCCGGCCAAAAGGCAUUUGCAGGACAUAUCACAGCACAGAGCCGCCGCAAACUCACACCACUCUCCCGGGGCUCAAACUGAGGCCGGCAACCACAGUAAGGACGAGUCGGACGGCUCGGACGUCCCGUGUCCGAGGCUGACUUCUCCGACGCAGGGGGAGAACAUGUACUCCCACGCCGUGUCUCCCGCACAUGCUAAUGCUAAAAGUAUGACUCCUAGGAAAGGACGGGGUUUGAAACUGGAGGCAAUAGUUCAGAAAAUUACCCCAAAUAUUAAAAAGUCAUCGGCUCCUCACGCUGAUGAGGACUCGAACCAUUAUCCGUGCUUCUCUCAGACAGAAUCGCAGCCCUUUAAUGAGUCCCAGGACCAGGACUUGGCUCAUUUCUCCAGAGUGUCAGGGGUGAACGACGGGUUCCUGGACGACGGCCACUCCUUGAACAACAUGAUUCCCUUCAGGGGAGUUGAUGAGACGGGACCGUUGCCUCUGCCCACCUACCCGUGUGACCCCCACCAGGCGUCCCAAACCAUCAAACCGGACUUUGACUUUGGAUUAGGAGCCGCGGUGGCUUCAGCGUCCGACGACAAGGAGGACUUUGCCCUGCUCGGACCCUUGCCCCCUCCUCCGCCCGUCCCACGCCCCGUCCAAGGCUCUCCACCGCCGUCCUCCUCAGCGCUGUCCGAUAUUCAGCACUUCACCAACACUUAUCAGCAGCUGGAGACGAGGAGAGGAGAGCAGUCGGCUGCCAACCUCCUCCGACAGAAACUUCAAGAAUCUGGGAUGGGCUUUGAGGACUAUCCUGGGAGUGACUACUACGGCGCCACCCCCCCUCAAGGACACAUGCUGAGCAGACACUCCAUGUCCUCCGGGAGGUCCAGUCUGUCCCCACAAGACUCUAAACAAGAAAGCCUUGUCCCUAAAGGCUACUUCCCAUCUGGGAAGAAGAAGGGCCGGCCGGUGGGCAGCGUAAACAAACAAAAGAAGGCCCAGAGCCAGAACCAGAGCCAGAACCCGGUCCAGACGCAGGGUCAGCCCCAGACUCAAGUCCAAACACAGAACACAACUGUGACCGUUCUUUCUGGCCCACCCACUCCGGCCACAGUCACCACUCCACCCCCGCAGGCUGUGCAGGCUGGCAGCAGCUCCCCAGAGCCCACAGCGCCCCCUCUGUCAGACAGUAAAACGACUCCUCCCUUGACUCCUCCAGUUUUGACCCAGGUUAUAAAAGUGGACGUUGAGAGCGAGGACACGCAGCCGGAGACGGAGGUCAAACCUGUGCGGCGGCGGCGCAGAGGUGUCAAAGACGAAGACGAGCCUUUUGAAGCGGGCGGGCAGCAGAGGAGGAGGAGGAGGCGGGCGGCCACGGUGGUGCCCCCUUCAGUGACUAAAGAUGACCCAGAUACACCUUCAGAGAGUGUGUUCUGUAGCCUGGGCACCAGCAGAGUCUUCCUGGAUUCAAACAGAAAAGGCGUCUUUGUGCCACACAUACACGUGGAGAAGAAAGUACCGGAAAUCGGGGCCGUGUGCACCAUCGUUAACGCAGAGGAGGACAAGAUGAAGGGAGAGCGCAGCGCAGUGGUGGGGAAAGGAGGCGCAAGUGCGAUUGAUUCUCUCCUGACCUCGGCUCUCUCCUCACAGCUGUCAAGGAAAGACAAAGAAUCGGAGAGACGGAUAACGGAGGAGGUGGAAACGACUCUCCCGUCUGGAAAAGCACUUCCUUCGUCGGACUACGUCGUCUCCGGCCCCGUGAUUACGGAGACCAGUCACUCUGGGCGUCUGCUCUGCUGCCUGUGUCAGAAAUGGGCCAAUUACAAACACCUGGGCGAUCUCUACGGACCCUUCUAUCCGGCCGAGUACGCUGCAAAGCUCCCGAAAAACCAGCCUCAGGUCAGACAGUGUCAGACGGGCACCGGCACCAACAGAACCGGACCAAACCCCGACGUGAACGCCAGCACUCCGCCGAGCGCCGUCCAGGACUCUCACGCCCAAGACGCCCAGUUUAACAAGCCUCUGUCCGAGUGUGACAACGCCAUCAGUCUGGAUUCGUUCGGCGCUCCGCUGAGAGCGCCGUCUCCACCAGGUGUCACCGAUAACAUCAUGAUGAGCGUGGCGUCGGCGUUCAGUAACAACACAUUCUGCUCCACCAGUAGAACCACGUCUCUCUCCUGGGACCUCAAUCUGGAUAUGAGACUCAUUCCCGAGCUGAAGCGAGAGCCCGGCCUGGGCGCCGACCCGCCGCAGACGCAGACGCAAACGCAGACACAGAUGCAGCCGCCGCUGCUGCAGCAGCCGCCGGCGGAGGAGGCUCAACAGUGGCCCCAACACAGGAAGCUGACCUCGCACCCCCGCUUCAAGAGGAGACACAAAUCCAGCGAGGAUUCCCCCAGGAUGGUGCCCUCGAACAGCAAAGCCUCGCUGCCUUUCCAGCCCCCGCCUCCAGCCCUGGACUCCCUGGGACCACUGGCCCAGCUGGCCCAGCUGCCCCAGAUGCCCAUGGACCCAGAGGAGCUGUGGGUCCACGAGGGAUGCAUCGUGUGGACCAGUGGGAUUUACCUUGUCAAUGGGAAGCUGUACGGCCUGCAGGAGGCACUAGAUGGCGCCAGGGAGACAAGCUGCUCCUACUGUGAGAUGGUGGGCUCCACGCUGGGCUGCUACAGCAAAGGCUGCACACUCAGAUACCACUACCUGUGUGCCAUCGAAGCAGAUUGUUCUCUGAACGAAGACAACUACUCACUGCGCUGUCCGAAGCACAAGGUAAAGAAGGAGAGUUUACCCAGAUCGUCAGGCCAGCCAAGUCAGUGUAUGUGGAGCAGUCAGAGAGAGGCUGAGCGACCAGAGGAGGAGCAGGAGGAGCUGCAGGAGUCCGGCUGCUGUGAGUUCACAGAGUUUUAACAAAGGUUAGUUUUGGUCAUUUGACGCCUGAAUGUCCUGACGGGGCGCCCACUCUCAUCCCCACAGGAAAAGACAGGACUAUGGUCUGUGAUGGACAACACCGAAAUGGAAUGUACAAUUUCUUCUACACCAAUCGGCGUCAUUCACAUUUAAAGGAAGAAAAAAACAAAAAAAAGAAACUUUUUUUUUUCUUUUUUUCCAAAGAGUUACUGCUUCUUACCUAGAAAAUGGAAGAAAAAAAAAAAACAUGGACAUGCAACAUAGAGGGGUGGAAAAACUACAGAGGUCAAAGGUCAAGGUGGAGUGAAUUGAGAGGAAACUUGAAGAACAAAAAAAAGGAGAGAAAAAAAAAAAAAAGCAAACAUCAACCCUGGGCUUUAUUUCCUUUUCUUCCGGCACCAUGAAAGUGUUAAACACUCAUUUAUUAUCAUUUGUAUUAUUGUUUACCUUUUUUUCUUUUUUUUUUCCUCUUUUUUUUUCUUUUUUUCCAGAUGCAUAUUGGGAGCAAUGUGGGUUUGAAGCCCAGAAAAGCUAAUGCGAGAGGGUUGUAUCCUGUAUUACCAUAUCAUAUUAAGACGAUCGCAACUUUUAUUUUAUUCCUCAUUAUUUUAUUUUUUUCGUAUCUUCAUCAUCAGUAUUUACUCAUCAGAUUGAAAAUGGAUGUGAAGACUUAAAAGAACGAAUCAUGGCUUGAGUUGGUUUUUCAUUCCCGGAGGAGAAGAAGAAGAAGACGAAGACCGAGUGCCAUUGUUUGGAUUGUCAGGGUCAAGUUUGCCACAAAGACAUUAUUGCCUUGGAGAACGGACAUCUGUUGCCUUUCAAAAGUCAUAUGUACGAGUGCGAAAUGUGUGAGUGAGCGUGUGCGUGCGUGAGCGAGCGAGAGCGAAAGAGAGAGAGGGAUCGGCCAAAAUGUCCGAUGUCUGAAUCUUGGAUUCCAUUUUUUUUGAAAAGUGUUCUUAUUUUUCAUCACUGGGGUUUUUAUGGUACAGAUAGUAUUCCUGAGGAAUCAGGUGGACAGUCUUAUUUUUCAAGUAAAAAAAAAAUCUUUGUAAAUGUGCAAAGAGAAGGAGUGGGCAGGAGGGGGCGCUGUGGAGCGAGGGCGGGUGUCUGCCAUCUUCAUCUGCGAAAAUGGGAAGAAGAAAAAAAAAAAAACCAGAUGAAGAACGCGACGUUCGGUGGUUUUUUGUUGUCGUGGAACUGUGUACUGGCUGCACGACUGCGUACGUUGUUGCACAGGAAGUUCCGCGUUUGACUGACGUGUGUUUCAGUCCCCCCUGGCGCCACGAUUUUUUUUUUUUUUUGGGAACUGAAAACUCUGGACACUAGGUGUGAAUACGAGUGGCUCUGAUUGGCCACGGCUGGUCCCAGUAUUUUUGAACGGUUUUAUUCAUUUAAAACAAACGGAGGCGGGGAAGACGCUCACGGAUCCGUUCACGACAAGCGUUGCCAUAAAAAAAAAUUUUAAAAGUGAGUCAUACAUGGUGUCGUCGUUAUCAUUUUUUAUUGUUAUUCUUGUAAAAAAAAAUAACCCAACAAAAAAAACCCAACAAACAUCCAACUUCAGAGACGGUCACACUAUUGAAACCAUGCUGUAUCAGAACCCUGUCAAUAUGUAUAUGAAGUAUGAAUACACUUUAAAACGCU